AUGAAGUCACUCUGGAUAAUCCUCCUCCUACUGGUGCAAGCAAAGGCAGAGGGCGGUAGAUAUUUCGCUAUGGCUCUUACCAGCGCACAAAUGCAUGACGAGGUGGAAGGCAAUCCCACUGCUGGAAUGCCUAUGUCUCAAGAACAACUACAGGAGAUGGUGUGGUUUUUCCGGAGAGGAGAUUCAUCCACGUGGAAUUACUCCAUUCUAGUCCUGUCCUUUGUGGUUCUGUUUCUGGGCCUCCUUCUUCUGGGAAUAAAUAUCAUGGCAAACAGAACUAGAAAGAUUAUCCUCGUGUAUGAACAAGCUGCCAAAACUGCCAAACCAGCUGAGCCAGACGCCAAGCCACCCUUUGUGGAUAUGAAGGAAGAUGAUAAUUUGAAUCCUUUAACACAAGAUUUGCUGCCAAAAGGACAAAGACCAGGGGAGGUUUUGGUUCAGUGGAAGGAUGGCAACGUGACAGCCCUGUAUGCAGACAAGCCAGAGGAGGACAUGUAACAGCGAGCGCAAUCUGAGUCUAGACCCCAGACAAAUAUUUCACCAAGUGUCAUGUAUCUAAAUUCAUGCUGACUGGAGCUUGGGAAGUUAAGCACAGUUUAUCAAGGGGAAUAAAAAGAAAUGGCAGAGGAGAUUCCACAGCAUAAGCCGCUCUUGACUCAGAUAAUCUGGUCUGGUCCCACCUGCUUUGAUGCCAAUAUGGCUUGAUCCUUACCUGCUGCUGUCAUUUGGUUCCAAGGCUACUCCUACAUGCCAGCUUUGCCCACCCUCUCUCAUCUGUCACUCGCUUCCCCUGCAAAACAAUUAUAUGAGCCAAACCAGACAAGGAAGGGGGGAGGAUUUUACUGUGGUCAGCCAGGGAAUGCAUGCUUUUAAAAAAACUCUGCGAAGGUUCAUCGAGAAAACACUGAAGCUAAGCAGAUGUGCUGACGCUUCAUCAAAAGUUGCCUUUAUUAAAAUAUUUUCCAAAGUAGUUGAUUGAAAUUGCGUAAUUAUAGAUACAUGACUUUACUCUGCAGAGAAGUGCAACUCCAUACAGAAGCAGAGCAGUUACUGUCACCAAAUCUGGUACAAAAAGGAAAAUAAAGUACAUAACCUUUCUUAAGGAAAAUGGCCUGUUCAUUGUGAAUUUUGCCCUUGGUUGAGUGUUAUUGAGCAUUCUCCACAGAGAGCAUGGAAUAGAGACAUCCACAAAUAAUUUAAGAAAAAUGGAAAAUAUAUCAAUCUUACACACAAAUGAUUUUGUUUAAAUUCACCCAGUAAAGGAGUAUUCCAUUGGCAAAGUCUUUGAAAAGGAACAUUGCAUUGUAAAAAAGCAUUACAAAAUAUAUUUUUGGUACAAGUUCUUUCAGUGCGGAGGUUUUGUUUUUAUACACUGUACCUGGAAGUGUUUAUUCUGCUGCAAUUAUAUUUGCAAUGUUUUUUCAUUUCAUUUAAAAACCUCACCUUAUUGCUUUAACAGCAAAUUGAAAACACUGCUGAUUUGAAGACAUACUAGCUGCAGUGUGUGAACAUUCCAGUAGGGGGGGCUUUGUGGUCAUGAAAUGAAAUGUAUUGACCUUGGAACAGGUUGUGUCAACAUUUUGCUAGCUUUUGCUGCACAAUA